AUGGCGUUGAAUCCACAUCAAAAGAAUAAGGUCGACAUCAAUGCCCUUUCGGAGGAGGAGCAGAAGCUCUUCCGUCUGUAUGGGAAACUGCCUAACAAGAAGGACCUCUUCUCCAAGAAGCUGCAGGAGCGCAAAUACUUCGACUCAGGCGACUACGCACUCUCAAAGGCCGGCAAAUCAGACGCCGGCGAUCUUGGUGGUGGCUUGGGCCGCGAGCACCCAACGCCAGAGAACAUCCCUCACCUUUCACAAGUCCAAAACGCCAGCAACACCCCCGCCACUGGCUCCCCGAACGAACAGCGCAAUUCCAUCUCCGGCGCCCCACCACUUCACGCACCCGGCAUGCCAGGCGCUGGACCUACAUCCGGCUCCCCAGUCAAGGAGAGUACCCUGCAGAGAGGCAUGAGCGUGGACGAGCAGGACAACGAAGAGCUACAGGGAAUUGACAAAGUGACCGCCGAGGCCGAGGAGAAGGGCAUGCCGAUACGGCAAUAA